AUGGGAAUAGUGCUUGAAGCAAGGAAAGUUGGGUUGCCAUUAAUGAAUGUUGUAAGAUUCAAAGGAAAACCCAUUUUAGAGCAACUAUUUGUGGAGGAAAAGCUACUUCGUACUUCUUCAGAUAAUUGGUGUAUUGUUAAUGAUGGAACUAAUGCUCCAGCCAUUGUCAUGGGCAUGUCUGGGAAACCUUCAGAACUUCUUGAACUUGAGUCUGUGUUACGAGAUGAGGUUCCUGUCAUCAGAAGGUUUACUGGGGGUGGCACUGUUAUUGUUGACCAAGGGACUAUUUUUGUCACUCUUAUAUGCAACAAGGAUGAUGUUCCUGGAGUUCAACCAUAUCCUCGUUCCAUAAUGUCUUGGAGUGGCCUUUUGUAUAGUCAAGUGUUUCCAGGGAUUGGCGAUUUCCAACUCCAUGAGAAUGAUUAUGUGUUCGGUGAUCGUAAAUUUGGUGGAAACGCACAGUCUAUAACAAAAAAUCGCUGGAUACACCAUACUUCCUUCUUAUGGGAUUAUGAGGACAGGAACAUGGCUUACUUGAAGCUACCUGCACGGGCUCCUGAAUAUAGAAUGGAAAGAGACCACAAUGAAUUCAUUUGUCGAAUGAAGGAAUAUUUGUCAAGAUCAGUUUUCAUCGAGAAAACGACAAAGGCUCUUGAAACCCAUUUUUCACUGCAACCAAUGAACUUGGAGACAAUUGGUACAGCUCAUGAAGGAAGAUUUGUUCACACCACUAGCCUUCUCACAAAGCAGGAACUCAAGGAUGCUUUGGUAUCUCCACUUGAGAGUAUUGCACAAAACGGUUAG